AUGGCCUCUGUUUUCAGUGCUAGCUUUGCUCUAAGAGCUGGUAGAGUUCUUCUGAGAUCUACUCAACAGCGGCUGGUCCCCACACAAGCCUUGAGCCAAGGGAGAUGGCUAGCUACUGGUGAUGGGGCAGCCAAGAAGUAUGACACUGACUAUUUUGAAAAGCUUGUGAAGGACAAGCCUCUGGUGUUGUUCAUGAAGGGAGAGCCAUCAGCUCCAAUGUGUGGUUUCAGUCGCUUGGUUGUACAGAUCCUGGCCAUGCACGGGCUUGAUGGCUACCCCACUUACGAUGUUCUGGAGGAUGUGGAGUUCAAAGAAGGAAUGAAAGAAUAUUCACAAUGGCCAACAUUUCCUCAGGUGUACAUGAGUGGUGAGCUGGUGGGUGGGGCUGACAUCAUGUUGCAGCUGCAUCAGAAUGGAGAGUUGGUGGGGGAACUGGACAAGAUCGGCCAUAAGUCUGCACUUGUGGACGCCGACACUGACACCACCAAGCAAUCAUAGCUAGCUGUAGUAUAUUCUAUCUGUUUAAUUGGUGUGUACUCAAUCUGUGACUUGCAUUCUUUGUAAAGAUUCAUCAAAUGACUUAUAUAAUUGACUUACAAUAAUAUUAUAUUAAUA